AUGGCUAGCCCUCCUGUGCUAGCUUUCGAUGCUGAGGGCCGCCCAGUGAAGUUUGACACCUGGCUAGAUGACCUGCACCUCUUCCUACAGCUCACUGCCAAGGAGGACAUCUCACUGUACGAUCACGCCCUAGGCCAUGCUACUGCCCCUGCUGCUACUGCUGACAGCGCUGCCCGCUCACAGUGGCAGACUCGUGACGCCCACGCUCGCUUUGCUAUUCGCAACUCCCUGCCGAUAGAUGAGCGCGAGCACUUUGGCCAGCACAAGACUGCUAAGGAACUGUACACUGCUGUCGUUGCCCGCUACUCCUCACCUGCCUCUGCCGCACUAGGCCGUCUCUCACUCCCCUACCUGUUCCCCGACCUGGCCUCUUUUCACACAGUUGCUGACCUCAUCACGCACCUCCGUACUAUCAGGGAUCACUUCCUAGCUCGCUGCCCCACUGAGCUCACCAUUGCCCUCCUCGAGAAGGAACUACUUGCAGCUGAGGCUAGCAUAGUCGCUGUAGGUGCCUCUCGUGGCGACCCCCGCACCCCUUUCUUUGAGGGGUGUUCCCCUUCCCCCCUUCUUCCCUCUGUAGCCUCUGCUUCUGCUGUCGACCUCCUUGGUGCUGAGAAGGUCGGGACUGCGUCUGCUUCGAGCGGGCGCCGCAGGGGCAAAGGGGGCAAGGGAGGCGGAGGUGACGGCGGGGGAGGCGGUGGUGGAGGCGGUGGCGGCGGUGGGGGUGGUGGUGGGGCUGGAGGGACUAGUGGCAGCGGUGGGGGUGGUGGCGGCAGCGGCGGGGGAGGUGGCAGGGGCGGGGGCGGUGGUGGGGGCGGCGGUGGUCGCGCCGGCGGCAGGGGAGGGGGUGGUCGAGGAGGUGGCGGCGGCGGUGGUGGUCGUGGAGGCGCUGGCGGUGGCCAGAGCCAGCAGCACACUCCGUCGCCCCAGGAGGUCCGUGAGUGGUACUCUCAGCACGGGGGGGGGGGGGGGGGGGGGGGGGGGGGGGGGGUGGGCUUAGCUGCACGUACGUCAUCCGCACUGGUGACCGCACUGUUCCCUGAUGCCACUGAGCUGCCCCGCUGGUUUGAUCUGAUGAAGAAGGGAGUUGAUAUCUAUGCUCUAGACUUUGAUGCUAUUCUCACUGCCAUGUAUGUGAUGUCUACUAGUGGAGAGGGUGCUCAGUACCUGUGUGUUCCGCCCGACCCGGGCAUUCGGACCAGUGAGGCUGCCGCUCUAGGUGCUAGUGAGACUGCCACUCCAGGUACUCGCGUGUCUACUACCCCAGGUGCUGGUGAGGCUGCUGCUCUAGGUGCUCGUGAGUCUGUGCCCCCUGGUACUGAGUCGACUGAGGCACUGCACACCUUCACACUGGACUCAGGUGCUUCUCGCUGUUUCUUUCGUGACUGCACUGUCCUUGAGCCGCUGGCUCGGCCAGUUGCUGUCUCCCUCGCUGACCCCUCUGGGGGUCCGGUCAUUGCGACCUCCUCCACUGUCCUUCCCUGUCCUGCGGUCCCGUCAGGCACACUGUCAGGUCUCCACCUCCCCUCGUUCUCUACGAACUUGGUGGCGGGUUGUGCGCUCCAGGACGGGGGUGUUCACCAGUUCACCCCUGCCUACGAACGCGUGACACACUGCACGUGUGCUCGGACGGGCCCGACACCUGGCUACCUUCACUCGGCAGCCGGGGUCGGACCUGUACACACUGACCACUGA